AUACCCCUCAACUGUAGGUCGUGGGAUCCCGCGGCCCCGCUUCUCUUAAAACGCGCGGCUGUGGAUAGCAAACCUUAAAAAAUCUCCAACGCAGUUCCUGUGCCCCUGCUUUCUCCUGCAGCAGCAGCUUCUUGUUUCUACGCUUCACGAGAUCUUGAAGAUCCAUAUCUAGAAUUUGCGAUAAGAAAAUGGAUCAACUAGCGGUCAGCGGCCCGAAGAGCAAUUGGGAAGCGGCGGUCGAGCCGAUCCUGAAACUCUUGAGCCUCACGGUGAUCGGCCUCAUACUCGGCCACCCGAAAACCCGGGUCAUUCCGAGAGCCACUUUCAAGCUCUUGAGCAAGCUCAUCUUCGCGCUCUUCCUGCCGUGCCUCAUCUUCGUCCAAUUGGGCGAAUCCAUCACUUUGAAAGAAGUCCUUUUGUGGUGGUUCGUCCCCGUCAAUGUGCUCCUCAGCACGGUGAUCGGAUGCGCUCUUGGGUAUGUCGUGGCCGUCGUAUGCCGCCCUCCGCCGCAGUUCUUUCGGUUCACCGUGAUCAUGACCGGAUUUGGAAACACGGGUAAUCUCCCCAUCGCCAUAAUUGGCUCACUCUGUGACACCUUAGACCAGCCGUUCGGUCCCAACUGCCAGAGAACGGGCAUCGCUUACCUCUCCUUCGCUCAAUGGGUCGCCGUGAUCCUUGUCUAUACCUUGGUCUACCACAUGAUGGAGCCGCCCAUGGAGUAUUACGAGGUAGUCGCGGACGAAAACGAGAUACACGCAGCACAGGAGCCCAUCGGCGAUAUAAGUCGGCCUCUUCUUCAGGAAGCUGAGUGGCCGGGCAUGAACGAUAAAGAGACCGAGAGCUCAAAGACGCCCUUUAUCGCCAGAGUCUUCAUGAGCGUCUCGGGAUCUUCUCUAAACACGUUCCCUGAUUUUGACUUGAGCGAGGAGGGGAUCACUGGAGGUGCCGGGCCCAGUAGUCCCAAGUCUCUUAGGUGCUUGGCCGAGCCGAAGGUUGUAAGACGGAUUAGAAUCGUAGCCGAGAAGACGCCGAUUAUACAAAUUCUUCAACCACCCACGAUUGCUUCUUUCUUAGCCCUUAUUGUCGGGACGGUGCCUAUAUUUCGGAAUUUCGUAUUUGGCAGCGAUGCCCCGCUCUCAUUCUUCACAGAUAGUUUGGCGAUAUUGGCAGAAGCCCUCAUUCCGUCGGUGAUGCUUAUAUUGGGAGGAAUGCUUGCGGAAGGCCCCAACGAUUCAUCUCUCGGGCUAAGGACGACUAUCGGAAUCACCGUCGCAAGGCUAUUAAUUCUUCCUUUUAUUGGAAUCGGCGUAGUAGCUUUGGCCGAUAAAUUGAAUAUCCUGAUUGUUGGAGAUAAAAUGUAUCGUUUCGUGCUUCUGCUGCAAUAUACAACUCCGACCGCCAUUCUAUUGGGGGCUAUCGCCAGCUUGCGGGGAUAUGCAGUGAAGGAAGCUUCGGCGCUCUUGUUCUGGCAGCAUGUGUGUGCAGUGGUGUCGCUCUCUGCUUAUAUCGUCGUCUACUUCAAUCUGCUUGCCUACAUCUGAGGUGGUAUGGUAUCAUACUUGCAGCGUUUUCUACUAUAUCCGCUGAACAAAAUGCAUGUAAUGAAAAUCAACUGCUAUAUCUUAAUUAUAUGCAUCUGUACCUAUGUUUUAUUUGCAAUUUCAUUGACCAAACACUCCUAAUGCUUA